AAAAACUGAUAGCAAAAGCGUCAGAUUCGUUGCAACUGUUUUGCAGCGGCUCAAAAUGGCGAAGUGGUGGCCACCUCUAAAAUGGAUUAAAUCUCCCUUACCUCCAUCCCAGGCAGAGUAUGAUGAGCCGUGGAGGCCAAUGGAAUGGAGGGUAUCAAAGCAAAACAUGUUGAAGACACUGAACCAUUUUCAGCCAGGAAACUCAGAGGUCAAAACUUUCAAAAUUCUUUUGUAUGGAUCAGUCGGAGUUGGAAAGUCAAGCAUUAUCAACUCUGUGACUAGUUCUGUUCAAGGCCGCGUUUGUAACAGAGUCCCAUCAAAUUCAGUGCUCGCGGGAGAAAGUUUCACUCUAGAGUGUAAAACAUACAAGUUGAAGAAAGGCACACUUGACGACUUCUACCCUUUUACAUUUACUGACAUCAGUGGUAUUGAAGCAAUGCCUGGAGGGAUACAGACUGAUGACAUUGUCAAAAUAUUACGUGGUCACAUCAACGAUGACUACACUUUCAACCCAGUAAAAUCAAUUUCUGAGGAAGACCCAAAGUACAACAGGUACCCCACUUUGAAAGACAGGAUUCACUGUCUUGUGUCUGUUCUUUCUGCAAACAAUAUAUCUAUGAUGGAAGACAAUGUCAUAAAACAAAUGAAAGAAGUUCGAACAAAUGCAAAAAACUUGGGCAUUCCUGAAGCCGUCAUCAUGACUAAGGUGGAUGAAGCAUGUCCGCUAGUUAAAGAAAAUCUGGAGAAGGUCUACACAAGCAAGAAAAUAAAGGAGAAAAUGGAAAUGUGUUGCAACAGACUGGGAGUUCCUGUGAGCUACAUCUUCCCUGUGAAAAACUACCACGAGGAACGUACAACUAACUCAACAAUGGAUACUCUGAUUUUAGAUGCAUUACAAAACAUUGUCAACUAUGCCAAUGAUUAUGUGCAGGACCAAGCAGGCAAUGAGUCACUGCCGACUUAAAGGGGAAGCACACAUAUUCAAUGCUUAAAUAUAUUUCCUCCUAUCUCUGCUUAAUAUGCUUGAAAUUAUCAAUGAAUUCAAGUUUGUCAUGCUGGUAGAAUAUACAAGUUAAAUAAUAAGUAAAGUAAUAAAUAAAGUAAAUAAAUUACAGUAGGCUACAAUGCAGAAUCUUUGCUUGUAAAGGGGUUUUAAUUAUAACCACCCAUGUGUGCAACCACAAGUAUUCAGUACAACAGGGUAUAAAGAUUGGCUGUAGCAAUAACUUUGUAUCAACCUGUAUAAGAUUAAAAACUUUUAAAAUUAUAAAAAUUCUGAUCAAAAUCAUUCUAGAUGCCAGAA